AUGUCCGACCACCAAAACCGAGGAGCGCCGGUGACCUUCGUGCGCCGCGACGUCUCCGUCAACUCCGUCAAGCUCUCCGAAUUGCUGGAGCAGGAAGCUUAUCAACGCUACCUCGAGCAGGAACUUUACCGGUACAAACCGGGCGAGAAGCUCACCCUCUAUCCCCGCGACCCGGGGGCGCCUCACGGGCUCCCAGACUACGAGAAGCCACCCGAACAUGACCUCCCCGACGGCUGGAUCCCAUACUUCGACCCCACCACCGAGGUCUCUGGGCAUGAAGAGGCCCAGGUCGGGGUACUUGAGGUCAUCGCCGGCGGCACCAAGCGCGGAGCCCAGCUGCUGCUCUGCAAGGUCCUCAAAGCACCCGCGCCGCCACCGCCGGAUCUGCCGUGCUACCACAUGUCUUUCGACGUCGGAAUGAAGCUGGUUUUGAAGGUUUUCGAUUCCGUCUUCUUCCCGGAGGCCUGGGACUGGGAUUGGAAUCAGCUAGCUGCUACCAAAGACAUUCGGGUUGACGGCCGUCUCAGCCGCCAGGCAAAUGUGUACCAUCACCUGUUCAGCAAAGGAAUAACCGGACACCCACACAUCGUCCCCCAGUUUCACGGCAGCUGGGCCAUCAAGUUCGACGUCGAAGACGCAGCUGAGACGCGAUGGAGAUGCGCUGGGGCCAUCCUCAUCGAGUACAUUGAGGGCACCUCCAUGGAAGCCUUGUGCGACAGCGAAGAAGAGACGCAGUACAUGAUCCCCAAGGCUGGAUUCCUAAGCCUACCCAGCUCCGCGGGCGGAAGCUUUGGGAUCUCUUUCAACGACUUGGCCAACAGACUGAGAGUCUUCGGAACGUUGCUCAACGGCCUCGUGUCCUUCUUGCACACGGGAUCCAUCCUUCAGACCUAUAACCCCCAGGACGUCUUCCUCACACUGGGAAACAAUGGCGUAGACCUCGACGAGCCCCGCGCCGUCAUCCUCGACUACAGCCACUGCGUCGUGUGGUCGCACACGAUUCAAAGCAAGAUUGGCCGGGCGGACGAGGUCAAAAUAAAGUUCCCGGCAGUGCCGAGCAGACUGCUGCUCGACAAACACCCGAACGAGCGGCUGCCAAACCCCCCUCAUCCCGCUUGGAUGUUCAACCCCAUAACCUUCUCCAGAUUUGCCGGCUGGUUCCCGUCUGAGUGGUUGGAAGACGAGGCGGGGUUUGAGCAGUGGGUCCAAGACGAAUUUGGAGAGCCUGUGGAAGGGAAUUACUCGAUACUCAAGACAAUGAGUGAGGUCAUGGAUCUCGCAGUCGCUGAUGCGGUGCAGCUGUAUGCAGCUGAGAGAGGCAUCCACCCCAACGACGCCUACACUACAAGGGACGGAUUCGGCUGCUACCAUCUGGGAAACUGUUUCGGUGAGCCCGACCCGAUGCUGCUGCGGAACCCAGAUGCUUUGAGAAUAGAUGCGGAACACGUUCGAGAGCUUCAAGAGACGACAUUGGCGCAGAAGCGCCUUGAGGGGGCAGUUCUAGAGAAACUUGCCCGGGAAGAGGCCCCUCAGGACGCGAAACCGGUGCAGGCGCCCUAG